GGAGGGUAUGAUUACUUGCAUUGUCGAUAGUUCGAAGGCGAGUGGGCGAAUGCCAUCCAACCAACGCCAGCACGGCCUCCUGCCAUCUCAUCAGGUCGAGUUAUGCGUUGGCGGGGACGGCUUGUCAUGUCCAGCCUCCUCGCCCAAACACACCACUAGCACCGCAUCUGCCCUUCCCCUCCCCCCUGCUCCCUCAUGUGGUAUUAAUCGCUGCAUUAUCCCCAUUCAUAUCCUCGAAUCUCGCGCCCUCCUCUCUCGCCGUCGCGUUGCCUCUGGCCUGCAUUUGCAUGAUUGAACGACCUCUCACGCCCAUUGGCCGGUGCUAAAAGUAGGAAUUAGGUUGCGCACCCCGGCAAAAGCUUAAGCCCCUGAUCGCGCGCCCGCGCGCCGCCCGAUUGCACUUUUCAUCAUCCAAAAGGGAAGCUGCGCUUGGCGGCGCAAGAGGCGGAUGGCGCGCCUUCCUCUCUGCAUCGUCGAAGAAGAGGGCUUGGCUUGGGAUGACAUUUCCGCCGCCUCUCCCUACCGUCAUCCCUCCUUCACGCUGCGACAUGGUUAUCCUCAAUCUCUAGCCACCCACCCCGAUCACUCCUGGCUCGGCAGCGGCGACGGCAAGCUGCAGUACGCCGACAUUGGCCUCCGUCUGCCGCACCACAUCGCCACAAAGCCCUCCCGCGCCCAUCGCAGGUAUCGCAGGAGUCCGUCGGAUCCCUGCGCGCUGCGCAGCACCAUCAUCAUGUCCGCCGAGGCGACGGUGCUGGGCUCACCGACGGAAGACGCCGACACCGCGCCCAACACUCCCCCCGACCUGAGCUCCUCCAAAUCCUCAAAGUCCUCCAAUUCCUCCGUCCGCUCCGACUCCUCCGACGAUGAGGACGCGGUCAGCCCCUCGCACAAGCUGUCGCAUUUCGAAGACAGCUCCAUCGAGGAUGUCUCGCGCUUCAGCCCCGACGACUCCAAUCUCCGUCCCGAGUCCCGUCCCACCCUCAAGCGACCACCCCCGCGAUCCAUGACCGCCAUGGAUCUGUCGCGCACCGUCUCCACCUCCUCAAUGGGCAUGCCCUCGAACCGCUACCCGCCGCCGCUACACGGUGCAGAGCGUCCGUUGAACCCCCUUCCCAACGGUCUGGGCUUGCGCCGCGGCUUUAGCAGUCCCUCGGCGCCAUCUCUCUUCACCCUCGGUUCUCCGCGCAUGCACAGCUCGAGAUCACCCUCGCCUACCAAACCGUUCAUGUACAAUGGUGUCAGUGUCUCUCCCCAGGCCCUGGCCGGCGCCAUUCCCAAGUUGCCCCACGAGCUGCGGUCGCCGAAUGGACAUUACAGCGGAGUACACGCUAGACGGAAGUCAUGGCAGACUGGACAACGCAAGACGGCGAAGGAAAUCGAGGCAGACUUCAACGACGAUGAUGGGGAAGUGCCCAUCGAUGCCAUCCUCGAGAAUGUGCCCAUAACGCCCAUGCCCGGACAGCCACGACUUUCGCAAUCCUCCCGACCUCAAUCGCGAUCAACGACUCCCAGCCCGCAGCGUCGCCCAUCCUACACCAAUCUGCACUCGGCGAAUGUGCCAAAGGGGGCGAGACGUCCGUCGGCACCCUCCAAUGGACAGUACGGCAGCGCCAGGUCACCGCGCAACAACCGACCAUACCCGCUCCAGCACACCCCGACCAUGCCUGUAUUUCAGCACGGCUUCCAUCCAAAGCAGCGGUCCAAAUCUUGGACCGAGGACUUGAGCGAGGAGGCGAGAGAGCUUUCGAGGGCCCUCGAGGCACACGCAGAGCUUUCAAUGCACGAGAAACACGGCUCCGGAGCCAACAGCAUGUCCAACAGUGUGUCCAGCAGCCCACCCGAGCCCAGCUUUCUGAAGCAGCGCGCCCAAAGCGCGACUUUCGAGUUGCCAAUGGCGCAGAAGGGCAAUGUCAUGAUCGAUCCGUUGCCCAUUAGCAAAGAGAAGGAGGCGGUGCUCACGCGCACGCGACCAUCCUGGCUUCCCCCGAAAUCCCAGAAAGAGGAGAAGAAACAUAUGAAGGAGUGGGAGCAGAUGAUGGCCCGCGCGGCUGAGAACGAAAAGAGGCGCGCGAUCAAGCAGAAGGAGCAGGAGGAGUCGCAAAUAGAGGUGAAGGACAGCAUUGCGCGGUUAUGGGAGCAACAUGUGCUGCCUCACUGGGAACUGGUGGUCUUGGAGCCACGCACGCGCGAACUGUGGUGGAGGGGCGUGGCGCCAAAGAAUCGAGGCACGGUAUGGCAGCGAGCCAUUGGCAAUGAGCUCGAGCUUUCCGAGGCCUCUUUCAACGCGGCGUUGCUACGUGCCAACGAACUCGAGGAAAAGGUGGCUGAAAUGGCGCCAGAAGAGCGCGACAAGAGCAAGGAAGCCGCCUGGCUCGAUGCGAUCUACCGCGAUGCCGUCCACGCGUGUCCGCACAUCUCCAGCACCUCCGACGAGCGCAUCCCGUUCGAACAGGACCUGGCCAACGUCCUCAAAGCCUACGCCAUGUAUCGCAGUGACGUUGGGUACGUCUACGGGUCGCAUCUGGUGGCGGGUAUGCUGUGCUACCACCUGCGGCCUGCCGACGCCUUCGUCACACUAGCGAACAUGCUCAACCGAGCUGUACCGCUGGCGUUCCACGUGCACGACGUGGCUGUCAUGGCUCGCACAUACGAGUUGGUGCUCAGCACACUGAAGUACAAGUUCCCGAAGCUCCACGGCCACCUUACAUCCUCCGCCAUCGGGCUCAGACCAGAAGACUUUCUCGACCCCAUCUUCCGCUGCCUGUUUGCCUACCACCUUCCUUUGGAGCACGCCAGCCGCUUGUGGGACAUUUUUGUCUUUGAGGGCGAUAAGGCGCUCGUGCGCGCGGCCGUGGCUGUGCUGGGCAGGCUGGAAGGGAAGCUUUACGGAACGAGCGAGGAGGUGUUGGAUCUACUUGGAUGGAGGAACGAGAAGCGUUGGGAUCUGGGGAACGAGGAGGAGUUCAUCGCCGCCGUGCGAGAGGCGGGCAAAGUGGACUCGAAGGGAGAGGCGAAGGAUUCAUGACGACCCCUUGGCUUCAUCUAACCGACACGACUCCUGCGAUUUCCUCUUGACUGUAAAGUCAUACGUGCGGCGACUUGCGAGUCGACUGUCCUUUGGCACGAAUUGUAUUUUGUUUGCUAACGAAUUGGCAUGAGAGACGACUGCUGCUUUGGCUUGGUUUGUGUUGCGGUUCAGUCUUUGUUACUUAUCCUCGGUGUUGCACCUGAGCCAAUGAUGUACAUAUUGUGUAGUGGUCGAUGAACGACAUGUCCAUGCUCUCAUCUCAUUCUCUUCCCUCCUUUUAUCCAAGCCCGAUAUUCUCGUGAGAUCCGACUUAGGAAAGAGUGGAGCUGGCCAUAUCGGCAGCGGAGGACGGUUAAUACUUCAUCCACCUUCAUU